CAUCUCUAAGCGAGUCAUCACACGUCCACCACCCAUUGUCUGAAAUCUUGCAUUUUCUCUUCUCCCUCCACGCCUCUGUUUUUUCCAGCAAGAAAGUUUUUCACAAUGGAGGCAUUGAAGAUGAGAGUAUUUUUGGCUAUCGUGGUUGUGCUCAUGGCUGUUUCAGCCGUCCAAAAUGUAGCAGCAGCGGAUGCCCCAGCACCUGGCCCUACCUCCGAUGCCACCACUUUUGUGCCGGCUGUUCUUGCUUCUCUCGUUGCUCUUGCAUUUGGGCAGCUCCUUUUCUAAAUGUGAGAUUGAUGCAUCUUUGUUUUCUUUUCUUCGCCUUCUGAUUUAUUUGUUUGAAGCCCUUUUGCCCCAGAUGGUAUAGGGAUUUGUCAGGGUGUUACAUGCAUGGAUGGGAAUCGAGGGGGCAAAAGGGCUUGAGGGUGUUUUUUUCUUGGACUUUUUCAUUAUUUUUCUUCCUCUUCAUGGCCAUUUUGGUCAAACAUAUUCAUAUUGUUGUAACCAAUUAUUACUUUGUAUUAUAAUUAAUGUGAUUUGUUUGUCUGUGA